CAGCACUUUUCCCACCGGCAACUGUACCGUUCACAUCGCCACGAAGCUUCGAGGCGGCAAGUGUCGAGCGACACCAACGUGGUAUAUGAAUAUCAGGAAAUCGAACAUCCCCGAUGGCGCCGCACUGUACAUCCUCCGGACGGACAACGGCACGCAUUGGACGACGGUAAAGAUCAUCGCCGGCGGGCGUAGUGCAGGCAAUUCUUAUCCCCCUUCUGUGGCCCAGCUGAAAGCAGGUGCCAUCUCCUUAACGACACAGCUGAGAAUUGUGUACAUUGGCGAUGGGAUUCACCGUGCAACGAAUUCCAGUCAUUAUGAACUGGAGAUCGAGUAUACCGUACUGAACGAUAUCGAUGGUUUAUUUAAAGUAUGGUGUGAAGCGUUGGGUGCUCAUAUUUACCGGGAUAUCGCCUGCGAAGACAGGACUCGCCUCACAUGGCCCAGUGAUUACUAUGACACUGUCAAUCGGAAUCCAGCCACUGGCUUUGGUACUUGCGAAUGGAGCAGUAGCGAAAUCAUCGGCACCGUCAUCGGCUGCAUUAUUGGCCUGAUAAUUUUCGGCACUGGCGGUGUAAUCUGGUACAAUAGAAAGGGCCGUUUCCUCUGCCGAUCCCAAAAGCGAAAACGCGAUAUUAUGGCCAGCAUUGUUGUUUCUACCAUAUAUUAG